GGCUCGGAAAUUUUAUGUUUUAAUAUAAAGAAGACGCCAGAGGCAGAGCAAUAUAUUACGAAUCACUCGUACACGGCAACGGCACAAUUCUCGAAUCGUCCUCUGAAUCUUCUCUGCAAUUUCAAUUAAGGAUUCCAUCCAGAGGGAUCGAGAAGAGAAUCAAACCCAGGAAGCUACGAAGAUGAAAGUUUCAUCCUUGAAUUGCAUCGAUCUCUCGAGCCCUGAUCUUCAUCAAUCAGUAGCUUCCCUCAAACAGGCAUGUUUGGAUUGUGGGUUCUUCUAUGUGGUUAAUCACGGAAUAAGUCAGGAGUUCAUGGAUGAGGUUUUCGAGCAGAGUAAGAAGUUUUUCGCUCUCCCAUCGGAGGAGAAGAUGAAGGUUUUGAGAAAUGAAAAGCACAGAGGCUAUACCCCUGUUCUUGAUGAGAUCCUUGAUCCUGAUAAUCAAGUCCAUGGUGAUUACAAAGAAGGGUAUUACAUAGGCAUUGAAGUGCCUGAAGAUGAUCCCGAUUGGGACAAACCGUUCUAUGCCCCAAAUCCUUGGCCUAGUGCUGAUAUAUUGCCCGGAUGGCGCGAGACAAUGGAGAAAUAUCAUCAAGAAGCAUUGAAGGUUUCGAUGGCUAUUGCAAGAUUAUUAGCAUUGGCACUCGGCUUGGAUGCAAACUACUUCGAUAGCCCAGAAAUGCUCGGGAAGCCUAUUGCAACGAUGCGUUUGCUACAUUAUGAAGGGAUAUCCGACCCUUUGAAAGGAAUGUAUGCAUGUGGGGCACAUUCUGAUUACGGAAUGAUCACUCUCUUAGCAACGGAUUCUGUCACGGGACUUCAGAUAUGCAAGGAUAAGAACUCUAAGCCUCAGAAGUGGGAUUAUGUACCACCGGUUAAAGGAGCUUUUAUAGUGAAUCUCGGUGAUAUGCUGGAGCGUUGGAGCAAUGGCUAUUUCAAAUCCACUUUGCAUCGGGUUCUCGGGAAUGGUCAAGAACGCUAUUCCAUUCCGUUCUUUGUGGAACCUAGUCAUGAUUGUCUUGUGGAGUGUCUUCCAACUUGCAAGUCGGAGAAUAACCUUCCCAAAUUUCCACCGAUCAAAUGCUCGACGUACCUUAGCCGACGAUACGAGGAAACGCAUGCUGAUCUGAGUAUUUACAAGCAACAAACUUGAUGUGUUCCUUGUGAUGAAAGUUGGAGAUGUUUCAAGGGUCGAGUCUUGGCUUUUUCCUUAACUAAAAUGUGACCGAAAUAAUGCUUAUAGAAAAUCACAGUUUGAGUACGCUCAAGUAUUUUUGUAAUUCAUAGGGUUUUUCUUUAACGAGAAUAUCUUCCGAUAAAAUUAAAUAAAACUAAAGUGAAGUUUAUUGAGA